CGAUGUCGAAGAAAAUGUCAAAAUUCUACCUACUCGUUUCCGUAGGCUUGAUGGUAGGGCAAGUCAGCCGAGCUUGUGACGAAGGUAACGAAGAGGAGCAAUUAGCAGCUGCUAGAUACCAAUCAGAAGAGUAUUUUGCUAAGGCUUAUGGCUACGAUCCUGUAAGUUGGAAUGCUCUUUACUACCCGAAAACUGCUCAAGUCCCUGGGUAUGACAGUCCGUACGAAGGGCGAACAGUCUCCAGCAGUCUACAAUCCAGAAUCGAUCCACGCAAGAAAUAUUACGGAAGUAAAACCUACACUGAUGAGCUGGACAAUCAACCAGAAGGCCGCUUCGCCCUUGGUGGGUUAGGUGCUUCGAUAAUCAACACAGGCCUCUUCAACAAUCGUUUCACACCAGCGAAUACGUGGAGGCCCUUCGCUAAUUUUGCAAAUAGAAUUCCUGUAUCGUACAAUCCCAAUUUCGACAAUCCUCUCGAUACCUUCGACGCCUGCACUUCGCCCAGCGGUGAUGCGGGAAUCUGCGUUCCAGGAUCUGUUUGCUCUCUGUUUCGUGGACGACCUAGUGGUUCCUGCGUACUGGGAAAAGUUUGCUGCGUCAAUGCGGUCACAGCGUGUGGCGGUACAGUCACGCUGAACAACACGUACUGGCAGUCUCCCACUACACCCGUAAGCGCCUCCUCCACUUGCGCUUUGACCAUCAAAUUGGACACCAAGUUUGUGGAACAGCUUAAAAAGCCCAUCUGCCAAAUCCGACUCGACUUUGUGUCCUUCACAACAGCCCAACCAACACUUGGAACGUGCGUUGAUACUUUCCAAGUUGGAGGAUCAUCUUCCACAGUGCCCAGCAUUUGCGGCGAUAACAGCGGACAGCACAUGUACCUGGACGUUCAGUCUUCAGCCCUUACCCCCACCGAUGUCCAGCUCAUAUUCAACUUUGGAACAGGAACAACCACACGUUCAUGGAACAUCAAAAUCGCAUUGCUUCCUUGCGGCGCCUCCUACCUGGCCCCAACAGAUUGCCUCCAGUAUUACACAUCAUCUACAGGUAAAGUGAAAUCGUUUAACUGGCAGGAUACCACUGGCGGCGCUAUCCGUCAGCUCAACAAUCAAAAUUACAACAUCUGUUUCAGAACCGAGUUCAUUUCAGGACAGCGGGCAACACAGAUGUGCUUGUCGAUCUGUUCGGUCGCGAAUGGCGGUGAUCCCUUCUCCAUCACAACUCCAGCAGCUGUUAUAGUUGGAAAUGCCAAUAAUUUGGCGAUUUCGACUACUGCAGCCCAGGUUAAUGUCGCAUCUCCGAACUCUAACGUGGGUACAACCGUUAGUAACACUGCUGGCAAUACCCUUGUUGCUACCUGCUUGUACGAUUUCCUUCUCAUCGCCGGUGCUCGAGAUGCAACUGGAGUUGAGGCUGAUCGUUAUUGCGGAAACCAAUUGAAUCCAGCAGUGGGCACUGCUCUAGUGCCAGGCGCAGCCACCAGUGUCCAAGUUUGCACUCCAGUGAAGCCGUUUAGAAUGACUUACCAGACAGACGGGACCGAAGCGGCGAUUGCGACCUUAAACGUGCCAACCGUUCCAGCAUUCGCAAGAGCUGAUACAACCAACACUGGAUUCUGCCUCGAUUAUCAAGAGCAAUAGAAUGAAUGGCAUUCUAUGUCUAAUCAGAAUUACCA